AUGUCUUCGAACACGAGAGAUGGCUGGGCGGCCCGUCGAGCGGGCGGGUGUUUUGAAUCGGAGAAAGAGAAGACCACGUGGGACGAAUGGUGGGCAUGCUGUCCACCAGGAACGCAGUCCUUUACAGAUGGCGAUAACAAUUCAGGCUGCGGAAUUAAAGGUCCGCCCGAAGAGACACCGACGCUAUGCGCCAAUUCAACCUUGGUUCUUUGGUCGGAUGAUACCGGUUACUUUUGCUGCGACCCGGAUCAGACUGGCUUCAUCACGGACAAGGCCUGGAAGGGGUGUGCCCCAAACGAUGAACUAGAUGAUGUUCAUCGUAAUAAAACCUUGACUAUAGCCAACAAGGAAGGCAGAUCUCCUGAGCCGACUACUACUUCAAGUUCCUCCACAGUGUCCUCAGAACUCUCGACGCCCACUAUAACGUCGGACCCCUCGUCGUCUUCCGGGACACCGUCUUCUACGCAACCUGCAGAAUCCUCGGGCUCGUCAACAGAUAAAGGCGCGAUUGCUGGUGGCGUGGUCGGCGGGUUCUUCGGUGCCCUGGUGAUCGUUGGGAUGGUAUGGCUUUUCCUUCGCUGGCGCCGUCGCCACGCAACGGCAGAGGGUAAAAUUUCAUCGAUCUCUCAACCACUUGGACCAAAGAGUUCGCUACCGUCUGGGGACGGUCAAUACACGUCGUCAGAGCUGUACGGUGAUCCAUCUCAGCAUGAGUUACCGGGAAACCAUCGGCCUCGCCACGAGCUCGCUUGA